AAGCAUUAGAUUCGAGCUUUAUCUUUGAGAAAGACUUGACUCCUGUGCCUACCGCAAAUAACAUUUGAAAAUGACGAUGAAGUUGUGCUUGCUCAUGAUUGUGACGCUCAUCAGCAUUGAAUUUGCUGCUGCUAAAGGUUAUUCUAUUGUAUGGGAAAAGAAAACUUGGUUAGACGCAUAUAACUAUUGCGAUGGAUAUAAUAUGCGAUUAGUUAGCAUUGAAUCGCGAAGGAAGUUGGAUGAGGUUGUUGAUGUAAUCCAAAGUAAUGGAUUGAAUACGAGAUAUAUUUGGACGUCUGGCACUAAUCUAGACAGUUACAAUGAAAAAUACUUUUGGGCUACAACUAACAAGGAAGUAACCUUUAAUGAAAAUUGGGCCAAUGGUCAACCAGAUAACUACGGUGGACAACAAAAUUGCAUGAUUUUGGAUCGCUAUCGUAACUAUCAAUUUGAUGAUGCCAAUUGCUACAUCAACAAAUUCAAUUUCAUUUGUGAAGAAAAGUACUAGGCAUUGGCAAACAUCUAUUACGAUCUUAAUUCCAUAUUACUACUCUCAACUUACGACUAUGCAUUGUUCUGUUUCCGAGAUAAAAGUAAAUAAAUAAGGAAUUAAAAGAAUUAAA